UCUCACACCAUCGAAGACAAACGAAAUUGUUCCACUAUAAAAGAUUCCUAUCCAAUGGUUCUGGGUGUAGAUCGACUCCAUUCCAUCACCCAACAGUGACUUCUCUCCACGGAAAGGCUAGAUUCUUUCUCACCGGCAGGGCAACGAAAACUAUAAAUAAGGGAAUCAGAAUUUUGAAUAAAGGUCGAGGGGUCAGAGAAACGAGCAUCGAAUCGAAAGGGGUUUAGGGUUCUCUUCGGUUCUGUGGAGAAUCAUCAUUCGAAGCUCUCCAAUGGCGGGCCUAUCCCUCAAAUGUGGAGAAUGUGGGACCCUUCUCAAGUCUGUAGAAGAAGCUCAAGAACACGCAGAGCUCACUUCUCACUCAAAUUUCUCCGAAUCGACGGAAGCAGUCCUAAAUCUCGUCUGCACUACUUGCGGAAAGCCCUGCCGAUCCAAAACUGAAACUGAUUUGCAUACGAAAAGAACUGGACACACUGACUUUUCUGAUAAGACUUCGGAGGCAGCAAAGCAGAUCUCUUUAGAGGUUCCGAAACCUUCUGCUGAUCUAGAAGAGAGUGUUGUUGCUGGUGAAACCAGUCAGCCUGAAGAAAUGGUUGUUCCAGAAGUUGAUGCAAAAUUGCUUGAGGAACUUGAAGCAAUGGGAUUCUCAAAAGCCCGAGCAACACGUGCACUGCAUUAUUGUGGUAAUGUUAGUGUUGAAGCAGCUGUAAACUGGGUUGUUGAACAUGAGAAUGACCUGGACAUUGAUGAGAUGCCCCUGGUUCCUGCCAAUAAAAAAGUUGAGCCUCCCAAACCAGCUCUUACUCCAGAGGAAAUGAAGACGAAAGCACAAGAAUUAAGAGAACGUGCUCGGAAGAAGAAAGAAGAGGAAGAAAAGAGAAUGGAAAGAGAAAGAGAGAAGGAGAGGAUUCGAGUUGGUAAGGAGCUCCUCGAGGCAAAGAGAAUUGAGGAAGAAAAUGAAAGAAAACGCAUGUUGGCCUUGCGAAAAGCAGAGAAAGAGGAAGAGAAGAGAGCAAGGGAGAAAAUCCGUCAGAAGCUUGAGGAAGAUAAGGCAGAAAGAAGGCGUAAGCUUGGAUUGCCACCAGAAGACCCAGUAGAUGCUAAACCUGCAACACCUGUUGUGGAGGAAAAAAAGAGUUUCUUACCUGUUAAGCCUGCUACAAAAGCAGAGCGAAUGAGAGACUGUCUACGAUCUCUGAAGCAGAAUCACAAGGAUGAUGAUGCCAAAGUGAAGAGGGCAUUCCAAACUCUAAUGACAUAUGUAGGGAAUGUUGCAAAGAAUCCCAAUGAGGAGAAAUUCAGGAAGAUUCGACUUAGUAACCCGUCCUUCCAGGAUAGAGUUGGUAGUUUGAAAGGAGGCAUUGAGUUUCUCGAGCUGUGCGGAUUCGAGAAAAUUGAAGGGGGCGAGUUUUUGUUCCUUGCAAGGGACAAGGUUGACAUGGCAGUGCUGAACUCUGCUGGCUCUGAGCUGAACUCUGCUAUAGUAAAUCCCUUUUUUGGAGUUCUCUGAAUAAUAAGGUAGCAUAAUUAUUUAUAGAGGGUUCUUGUGUUGUAUUGGCAUAAUGAACUCCAGCAAGAAAAUUCUAAAGCAACUGUUGUGAAUGGAUGGAUGGGUGGGUAUUAGAAAAAUGGACCUAUCAAAAAAAUGCCAGAAACUUAAAUUAGUUCAUGUUUUUUUUUUUGAAAUUAGUUCAUGUUGCAUUUGGUCGUUGCCUUUGAUUAUAGACAGUUGCCUACUCUUGGCACUUCAAGUUGAUCUCUCUCUCUGUCUGGCUUUCUAGCUGAAUUUGAAAAGGGUUGAUGCUGUAAUCUAUUGACAGGUUUCUGGUUUUGCUUUUUCAAAACCUACUCAGAUAACGUCCAUGCCAGCCUGUUUAUUUUUA